UAGCAAAGAAAAAAAAAAAAAAAUCAGAAAAUAUGAUGAAAAAUUCAUUACUGAAAAGUUUAGCCUUGGAAGCUAUUUCAGGGCUCUGUAGGAUUUGUGAAGAUUCUAAUACCGCGUUGGAUAUAUUGCAGGAUCAAAAACAUAAACUAGCAUUUAAAUUGAAUAAUGUGGCUGGAGUAAAGGUGACCAGUGGUGAUGGACUUCCGACAUCAUUAUGUGAUCAUUGUAUCAAACAGUUAAAUCUUACAUUUGAAUUCAAGCAACGGUGCGAACGAGCGGAAGCCAAAUGGCAUAAUCUUUUUUUGGAAUCUCAGACAAAUGAUAUGAAGAUAGAACCAGAAUUGGUCAACAUCAAAAAAGAGUACACUGAAGCACACAUUGAAACUCCGAAAACAAAGCAGAACAAAACAGGAAUACAUCAUAUUAGAAACUCACGUAAAUUGAAAACAAAUGAAAAUGUGAAGAAAAUCUCAAAAUACAACUGCGAGACCUGUAGUGAAGUUUUCGAAGGAAAAGAUGAUUACAACCAGCAUAUAAAGAUCCACGGUUCACAACGAUUUCAAUGCCAAACAUGUUCAAAGUGGUUCAAACAUAAAUAUCUUCUCAAGGACCACCGGGAAGAGCGAUGUGGAAAUUUAGUCAAAUUCCAUUGCAAAAUUUGCUUUCAAUGGUACUCAAAUCGUGCUAACCUUAAACGCCAUGUUUUAGAACAGCACGAAGGAAUCAAACCGUUCGAAUGUGAAACAUGCGGUAAACGGUUUUCCCAAAAAACCGUGUUGCAAUCCCAUCGCUUGGUCCACCAAGAUUAUGCAUUUCGUUGUGAUCAGUGCUCGAAGCAGUUCAAAUUAGAGAAAUUUCUCUUACAACACAAACAAAGCCAUCUAGCACCAGAACUACGCGAUCCUGAUAUUGUAUCAAAGCAAUCGCGGAACCAAGUAAAAAUAUGUAUUUGUCCAUACUGUGGAAAAAUAUCAAGAACUUUGGCUGUUCACAAUGAUCAUGUUAGAACCCACACGAAAGAGACCCCAUUUGCCUGCGAAUUUUGCUCGAAAAAGUUCAAAUCAAAGUCAGCACUUAUUUCCCAUCAACUAAUACAUACAGGAAAGAAACCCCACUCAUGUAAAGCGUGUGGCGCUUCUUUCCGACAACUAGCACACCUAAAAACGCACAAUCUUUUGCGGCACCUUAAGGAAAAAAAAUUUUCUUGUGUAAUCUGUUCGAAGGCAUUUGCGUUGAAGGGCAAUCUCACACAACAUAUGAAAAUUCACAAGGAUACCGUUCCAAAAUUUUCGAAUAAUUUGAGAUGAUGAAAAAUUUCGAAUAAAUAUCCUAUGAUGCAUCCAUAAGCACUUCAGUUAUUUGUGAUUAAAUAUGCUCUAAUAAAGAUAUAGUUAGGAAAAUCGAA